UCCCGGGCCGGCCCGCGCCUUUGCAGCGUGCUCCAUGCAUCCGGAGCCCGCCCCGCCCCCGAGCAGCAACAGCCCCGAGCUUCCCCUCAGCGGCGGCAGCACCGCCAGCGGCAGCCGCCGGAGCCGCCGCAGCGGGGACGGGGAGCCCCCGGGGUCCCCGCCGCCGCCGCCCGCCGUCAGCUACCCGGACUGGAUCGGCCAGAGUUACUCCAAGGUGAUGAGCCUCAACGAGCACUCGAUGCAGGCGCUGUCCUGGCGCAAGCUCUACUUGAGCCGCGCCAAGCUCAAAGCCUCCAGCCGGACCUCGGCUCUGCUGUCCGGCUUCGCCAUGGUGGCCAUGGUGGAGGUGCAGCUGGACGCUGAGCACGACUACCCACCGGGGCUGCUCAUCGCCUUCAGCGCCUGCACCACGGUGCUGGUGGCCGUGCACCUGUUUGCACUCAUGAUCAGCACCUGCAUCCUGCCCAACAUCGAGGCCGUGAGCAACGUCCACAACCUCAACUCCGUCAAGGAGUCGCCCCACGAGCGCAUGCAUCGCCACAUCGAGCUGGCCUGGGCCUUCUCCACCGUCAUCGGCACGCUGCUUUUCCUGGCCGAGGUCGUGCUGCUCUGCUGGGUCAAGUUCUUGCCCCUCAAGAAGCAGCCGGGGCAGCCACGCCCUACCAGCAAGCCCCCGGCUAGUGGUGCGGCCUCCAACAACAGCAGCGAGAGCGGCAUCACCCCGGGCCAGGCGGCAGCCAUCGCGUCCACCACCAUCAUGGUGCCCUUUGGCCUGGUCUUCAUCGUCUUCGCCGUCCACUUUUACCGCUCACUGGUCAGCCACAAGACGGACCGACAGUUCCAGGAGCUCAGUGAGCUGGCCGAGUUUGCCCGCCUGCAGGACCAGAUGGACCACAGAGGGGACCACCCCCUGACGCCCGGCAGCCACUAUGCCUAAGCCCUUGUGGUCCAGGGCCCUUCCCCAUGACCUUGUCCUGCCAAAGCCUCAAGGACAGCCUGUGCAGGGAGCUGGGCUUCAUCGAGGGGCAGAGAGCGGAGGGAAGAGGCUUUUUGUAAAAGAGAUUACUGCACUUUGAAACUUUCCUCCAAGUCAGAGUAAGCACUUCCUGUUCUUGCAGCUCCAGGUCCACCUCCUGGUUAGGAGGUAGUGGGGGCCCGGGUGGGGACAGACGCCCUCUUUGUCCCCUCUCCUCCCCCGUGCCAGUGCCUCCUGGAUGCUUCCUCUCCUUUCCGUCUUGACCUUCCUCCCCGUUGUGCAGCGAGCGUGUGUGUGUGUGGACACAUAAAUAUACUCACAAGGGACGCCUCCUGCUUGAGCCUCCAUUUGUUGGGUCUGGGCUGCCUGGAAUGGUUUUUCCUGGUGCCCCCGCUCUGGGGGCUUCUAAACAGAGCUUUGGGUUUUUUUCCCCAAUAUUCUUAUUUUGAAAAAUUUCAAACCUACAAGUAAAGCUGCAUAAAUAGUAACUGAAAUAGACAAGGUACUUCAGAAAGUUUAUGGGGAAGAUGGGAGUUAAAAGAAGUUUAUUUUGGUGCAAACAAUGUUGAAAUGUCUAGGUACAAGGGCCUUCAGAAAGUUCAUAGAAAAUGCAUAUUGGGAAAAAAAUGGCAUGGAUUCCCAAGUAUUUUCACCCUGAAAACUUACUUACUUCUGUUUUUCCACAAACGGUUUGAAGUACCCUUGUAUGCACAGCCAUUUCUUGUUUUUCUAACAAUCACAGAAAACUCUGGGUUAGCAAAAACUGGAUCAUUGCUCCAAGGGAAAUACGGGAUUGGCUUCCUGGCAGCCCUUAGUCUUGAUGUUUCCAUCCGUCCAUUAAUGCGUAACCUGGUGUUAGGUGUGUUUCUGUGUGAAGACAUCUUUAUGUCGUUGAUUCACUGUGAUUGAACUCGCAGCCAGCAGCGCUAUAAUUCAAGCCAGGGCAAAACUCACCUCACACACGUGUUUUCUCCAGGAGCACUAAAUGGCACUCAAGGAUUUCACAUGGGGACCAUUUUAAACAGCAAAAUCACCAACAGAAAGCACAAAAAUGUGAAAAAUGUGACACUAAAUAAACCAUAAAAAUGACACGUACAGUAAUGGGCUGAAAUAAGGCAGAGUGUUGCUCUGUUCGGGCUCCAUGCGUAGGUGAAUUCACAAACACUGAGCCGUGAGUGACGAGGCCACAUGUGUGUAUUUUCCCCUCUGAGCCGUGUGCCUU